GGCGGGGUCGCUGGGGGGGCGGGGCCGGAGCGCCCAUGGCGGCGCCGCGCGUGGUGCUGCUGCUGAGCGGGAAGAGGAAAUCGGGGAAGGAUUUCGUGGCCGAGGAGUUGCGGAGCCGGCUGGGCCCCGAUGUCUGCACCAUUCUGCGCCUCUCUGGGCCCCUCAAGGAGCAGUACGCCAAGGAGCAUGGUCUCGACUUUCAGCGGCUCCUGGAUGCCAGCACCUACAAGGAGACGUUCCGUCAGGACAUGAUCCGCUGGGGCGAGGAGAAGCGCCGCACCGACCCCGGCUUCUUCUGCCGGGCAGCAGUCGAGGGGGCACUGCAGCCAGUGUGGGUGGUGAGUGACACACGGCGCCUCUCGGAUGUGGAGUGGUUCCGGGAUGCCUACGGGGAUGUGGUGCAGACUGUGCGGGUGGUGGCUGCUGAGGAGACAAGGAAGAGGAGGAACUGGGUCUUUGUCACUGUGGGAGCAAGAGGCUUUGGAUCAAGGCCCCGAGCUCGGGGGGUGAGGUCAUGAUGGGGGUACAGACAGACAUAUCCUGACCAUCCUUGGGGCCUCCCUGGGCUCU